AUGGAUGAAGAAAGACUAGUAAAGUUAGUGUUAUUUCUUUCCAUCCUACUAAACGCUGCGUUUAAACAGUGUCUAUCAGAUCCAAGCGACGAAACAUGUCUAACAGAAUUAAGCAAAUCAUUACAAGACCCAAACAAAUCACUCCACAACUGGAACGAACAAACCUUCGCUAAACCCUGCAACGAAUCAACCUCAAAUCUCCAAGGCGCAAUCUGCAACAAUGGCCGAAUCUACAAACUCUCCCUCAACAACCUCUCUCUCCGCGGCACCAUUUCACCUUUCCUCUCCAACUGCACAAAUCUCCAAACCCUAGACCUAUCUUCCAACUUCCUCACCGGACCAAUCCCGCCGGAUUUACAAUCACUCGUCAAUCUCGCCGUUCUGAAUCUCUCGUCUAACCGUCUCGAAGGUGAGAUUCCACCUCAGCUCACAUUGUGUGCUUAUCUCAACGUAAUCGAUUUUCAUGAUAAUCUUCUUACCGGUCAAAUUCCUCAGCAAUUAGGUUUACUAGUUCGAUUAUCGGCUUUCGAUGUUUCGAAUAACCGACUCUCCGGUCCGAUCCCAAUUUCGAUGUCGAACCGGAGUAGUCCGAACUUGCCGAAAUUUAACGCGAGUUCGUUUGAAGGGAACAAGGAUCUUUACGGUUAUCCGUUGCCGCCGAUGAGGAGUAAAGGUUUAUCGAUUUUGGCGAUUGUUGGAAUCGGAUUAGGAAGUGGAUUAGCGAGUCUUGUUUUGAGUUUUACUGGUGUUUGUAUUUGGUUAAAAGUUACUGAUCGAAAAGUUGCAUUAGAAGAAGGCAAAAUUAGUCAUCUAAUGCCUGAUUAUUGA